GGUUUACUUCGGUGUUCGGUUGACAAUUCAAAACGUUUUGUUAGCCACAAAAUAAUGUUAUUUUUUUUUGUUUUGCUUUUUACUGUUCUUUUAUCCAUUACAAUAAUUUACGAAAUUUUCAGAUUUAUUCACUUCUUAGUUCUUAACUGACUAGCUUUUCUUUUUAAAACAUUUAAGUAAAGUAUUAAUCAUGUAACGUAAUAGAUUGGAAUGCUACAAGUGUUCCAAGAAUGUAUGUUGUGACUUGUGUGCAACUUAUGCGUGCGAUCGUGAUUUCAUUUAAGAUUUUAAUAGUGUAGUGUGGUACAAUGACUUGAUUUAGUCUCGUAAUAAAGUUUAUUGUUCGAAAUAAUGAGAGUGAAAGUGAAGAAAUAUAAUGUAACUAAGUAAUAUUUUAUCUCAACUACCACUUUGCAACACCAUGCUGCGUAAUUGUGACGCAGAUUCAGGCCGGAGCUCUUGCUCGGCCGCUUCCAUCGGCCUGAGCCCAGUCAUGGACUUCCACAUUGAUGACGAUUUACAUCACGUCAAAAGAAGACCUACCAGGGUUCAGGAGACCAUCACCAACACAGAACUGAAAGUCAGUGUCCGUCCACGAAGCUGUGUUGGACUCCUAAAAUCCCCAGAUGAAAGAGACCCUUUUCCCAGCUGCAGAAUUCCAAGGAAUCAAAGAAAAGCUGUUUUUAAUUUAUUUGAUACUCCCAGAAGAGGAGGCCUAAGCAAUGCUCACUCAACUUUGGAAAUUGCCUGCAGCACUCAAAUUGAGGAAUCCAAAGUCCAAAUGAAUACUGUGUCAAUGACAGCCAUAUCCACCAAUGACAAUGUUGGUAGACCACAGCCAGUCAACACAAAUUUUAGAAGAGGGAAGCCAGUACAGAGAGCUGCUUCAAGGCUGUAUAAAGCUGAAUGUGGUUUUAAAGGCAGAGAAGGCUGUACAGGCCCAGAGUUCAUAGUCAGAGCUUCACAACCACCUAAACACAUAGACUUAUGUCUCUCAGGCGUUUCUGACAAAAGAAUAAUUACUGUUGUUUUACUUAAUGGCCAGAAAGUUGAAGUACUUUGUGACCCUCACAUUAUAACGGCAGGACAAUUAUUUGAAGCAUUAGUACACAGUGAAAAAUAUGAACAUAACUUUAUGCUUGGUAUAGCCAUAUUGAUAGGUGGUGAUUUUGUAUUCUUGCCAGAUGAUUACAAAAUUAAGAAGGUUGCUCCAGAAGCUUGGCAUAAAACCAACAGUAAAAAGAAGAUGUAUGAAGAAGACACUCCAUUGACUUUGUUUUUAAGAAUAAAGUUUUUCUUGCCCAAAAAUAUUGCCACUAACAUACAGGGUGGGGAGUGGCGGUACAGAGUCUAUCUACAGCUAAGAAGAGCCACACUUGAAGGUCAGCUGACUUCAACAAUCCAGAAUCUCAUAUUACUUGCUGGGUAUGCUUUGCAUAUAGAGUUUGGAGAGUUCUCUCUUAGAGAACAUGGCACAGCAGAUUACUUUUUAUUAGAACACUAUUUACCUGAAAAUAUUAUAACUAAUGAUAUGGCUGACAUUAAACUAAGAAUGAAAAGAGCUCACGAAUCUAGACGUGGUCUAGAUAGAAGUAAAGCAAUUAUAAAUUACAUAACUCUUGCCCAAACAUUUCGUGAUUAUGGGGCGCAUUUUUACUCUGCUAUUUGGGCUACUAGAGAUGGGUUCUGCAGAGACGUCUGGCUUUCUAUUGGCCCCAGAGGAGUUACUCUGUAUUCAAGAAACAAUCAUGCAACGGAUGAUACUGGAACUCAUACAAAUAGGAUUGUCUUGCAAAGUCUUCCUUGGCAUCAUAUACACACAUUUUACUACAAUAAGAAGAGCUUGUAUAUUAUGCCUAAUUCAUAUUCAGGCUUAUCGAAAAUUGGUGUAAAAUAUAAACUGAAAAUGGCAGAUAAUAAAAGCUAUUUUACAUUUUGGUUAGCUUCACUUCAUCAUAGGUUAUACUUGAAACUGUAUGCUAAAGAAGACUUUCUGACUUACCUAUCAGAUGAGCUAAAUUGCCCUCUGAAUGUUGCUGGAAGCCCCAAAAGAUAUGAUUGUAGUAAUUACCAGGACAGCUACAACCUCGCUGUUAGAAACCCUAUCAGAAUGAGGAGGCCCACAAGGAGAAGGUUUAAAGUAGACCUUUUUGGAGAAAAGAAAGCUCAGAAUAAAGAAAAUGAAAAACCUAACACAGAAGAGUUAUUAAGAAGAAUUUUAUCACCACAAUCAAGUGACGAUAAUGUCCCAAAUGUAUCAGGUAUUCAUGGCCAUGAAAAUUCUUCUAAUGAUGGGUUAUCAUCCUCAGAAAGUUGCAGUAUACCAAGAAGGCAAGGAGUUAAAAUGGGCACUAGAGUGUUCCAUGGCAUAAAAACUGUUACAGAUAGCAGGUAUACCACAUCACCAGUUGGUCCUAUAAAUCCAUGUUCUAGAUCUGAAGGUGACCUAGCAAUGACACAGAGUGAUUCUGAUGAUCUGAGUUCUGAACAAAGACAGCACUGUAAUAUAAAUAGUAUGCAACUGUUACCAGAAAGACACUACAUUCAAAAUAUGACAAGUGCACCAACAGCCUAUGUACUAGAAUCUCCUAAGGUUUAUCCAGAUGUUUUUAAUUAUAAUGCAGCCCAUAAUGAGUCAUGUCUGAAUACAUCACUUUUUGAAAAGCUAGAUAAUAUGGAGUGUGUACAAGGCGAGAGAAUAUUUGUCACUGCUGUUUUAGAAAGGGAUGAGAUGAAUGCUUUAGGACUGCAAGUAGCAGAGGGCUCUGAUGGAAAUGUUUAUAUUAAAUCAAUAACUUCAGGGAGUCCUGCUGACAUGUGCAAGAAACUUUUGGCUGGAGAUCAAAUCAUAUCUGUUAAUGGAAAAACCUUGUUAAAUGUAAAAUAUGAUAAAGCAUUAGUUAUGCUACAGACAGCUCCACGAAAAGUUGAACUUAUUGUUCUACAAAACGCUAAUAAAGCAUGCAAUAUAGAAUAUCAACACAGUAUGGAGAGUCAAUUGGAGGAUAGUACCAAUAAAAAUAUAAGCCAAACAUGCACUAGUAGGAGCGUCGCUAGUGCCUUGGACGUUGAAAUAACUGACGACGAAUUAUUGAAUGAAGAAGCUUUAAAAACGAUAUACGCUCUGAUAAAGCUAACAAAGGAUAAAGUUAUAAGUAGGAUGAAAGAUAAAUCCAGCAAACAAACAACCCCUAACAAAAGUAACUUGCAGAAGUGCUAUUCGGAGAAUAUGGUUUAUGAAGAAUCAGACGUAGGGAAUUAUUCUUCCCAGGAGAACACACCGCAAAAGAGGAAUACACAGAAAUUUAACACCUGGCGUGGUCUGAUUUCCAAUAAUAGGUUAAAGCGACGACCUUUAAGUCUAAGUAUACCCACAGAUGUAGAUAUUCCUGAUGAUUACUUAAACGACAACUCUGACGAGCUUCUCAAGAAAUCAUCCUUGAAAUCUAUACAAUCGUCACUUAAUAGCUUAGAUAAGUCCAUAAAGAGUAGUUCUUCCAAGAACGUAGCGUUACCACGUAAUUUUGGGUUUAGUCGGCGAUGGUUGGGCCCGGUGAGGUACCCUGUGACACCCUGUAAGAAUAGCAAUGUUGAGACUGAGCAGAGUGCAAUCGUUAGCGAGAAUGUGACGCGAAAGCACUUCGUGUAUGGUGCUGGAGACUCGGACGAAGAUCAGAUAUUUUUGUAAAUUGUUAUUAUGUUAUAUAUAUUAUUUACCUGCCUACCUACUUAUAAAUA